UAAGUACUGAGAACAAUAAUUUACUCUCUUACAAAAUUGAUCGCGAAAUUUGUUUGUUUGUUUGACUUUAUUUCCACUAUUUUGAAUAUGCAACACGAACUGAAAUUAUGUUGCAUAAAAUAGAUGACAUUAAUAAUAGACUAUUACAUAAAAAUAUGAUCAACAGUACCAGAUAUUCUACACUAUCUGAAAGAAAUCUUAGUAUUGUAUGAUUUCGACAACGAAAGACACUAAUCCAACUGUCUUUAUAUAAGAACAAAACUUGUGCAAAGUGAUACGUUUACUGUGCCAUUUGUGCAGUACCUGCAGUGGUUAUAAAAUGAGGCGCUCAAGAAAAGAUCAGAAAUCAGGGUCAUGGAGACAUAUGGAAAUUAAUAAGGAACAUGCAACUAUAACUGUGUGCAUUUCACUGAAUGCUUUGUAGACGUUGUUGCUGUUGCUGUUGUGUUGUCACUUCAACCUCUGUUUAUUCUAAUGAUCUUCCCAAAACGAGUCGAAAAACAGCGGUUUAAUUGAAGUUUAUUUACAAUGAUUAUUCACGUUAAAACUGUUGCUGCAGAAAUAAUGAUCAACUUAUUCGUUUCUGCGCUCUACAGAAGUCGGAUGAGUUGUUUACAAAAAUUUAAAAACUCACCAUGCAAACAACGUCAUUAUCGGUCGAAUUCAUUUAGUGCAAUCGGCUGUCGACAAACUGAACAAAUGGCUGGAUCAAUAAAAUUAUUUUAUUUAUAUGAAGAUAAUAAUUGUUCAAAUAUCGUCAAUAACGGGAACAGUUCUGGAGAAAAAGAGAAACUAUCAAAAAUUGAAUGUGGAACGGAUGAAAUAUUUCUUAGUUUUAUUGAUUAUCCUACUGGACAUGUAAAGCUCAAAAAUUUGAACAGCUGGGAUUUCAAUAUUUUUCAUAUUCGAAAAAUAAGCUGCAAUUACACAGUUCGUGAAAUUGGUUUACAAAUUUUGGACGAAUAUGACUUAUUCCGAAAAUUGAAAUUAAAUUAUUUCAUGAUGGCUAGGAUAUUUACUGCUACUGAAGCUGUUUAUCACAAUUACAAUCCAUAUCAUACAGCGCUGCAUGCCGCCGAUGUCCUUCAAGCGGUUCAUUGUUUCAUAUCUCGAACUAAACUAUCUUCUAUUCUGAAUCCACCAGAGAUAUUUGGCAUUCUGCUGGCAGCUGCUUUUCACGAUGCAGAUCACCCCGGUGUUAAUCAGUCAUAUCUAGAGAAGACGGGAAGUUUUUUAGUUGAUUUACAUAAAUCUGUGUCAGUGCUGGAAAAACACCACAUUAAAGUUGGCUUGUGCACUCUCAGAGAAAGUGGACUUUCCGAGUGUUUGGAACAGGAAGAUUGGACAAUUGUUCGAGACUGUUUUGUGCAAGUAAUUCUGGCUACUGAUAUCUCAUAUCAAGGAGUAUAUCGAAAACAAUUUGCGGAGUUAUCCAAAUCUUGUACAGCUAGUCCGUCGGUACCAUUUACUCAGUCUGAACGAAUUCUACUUAUGCAGAUGGCUUUAAAAUGUGCCGAUAUAAGCAAUCCAUGUCGUCAUUGGCCAAUAUGUGAAGAAUGGGCAAAACGUGUUUGCACUGAGUUGUUCUGUCAGGGUGAUAGAGAACGCCAUCAGUGGUCACUACAACCUAUACCAGCUAUGGAUCGAACUAAAUUCACUAUACAGCGAUUACAAAUCGGGUUUGUCAGAGAUAUGGUGAAACCAUUGUUUGCACUUUGGCACGAAUUUUUACAAAGUGAUCUGACAAUGAUAGUUUUGCAAUACUUAGAUGAAAAUUUGAAACUAUGGCUUGACCAAAUGUCUGGCGUAGAAGUGAAAUGUCCAACUACAUUCUAUCGUCUUGGUUCAUUAGAUAGUCAUUCAUCAUUGAACCUAAAAGAUAUGCAGCUUGUUUCAUCUUCUGAUGACGAGAGUGAUGAGCAAGGAGAUGAAGAUGGACUAGAGAUAUCGAAUGAAAAAGCUAAAGAGGAUCUACAUCAACCAUAUAUCUCUUCCGUUCAUGCCGCCAAUCAGCCUGUUGAAAAUUUCAACACUCAGUACGAAGCAGUUGAUUCAGAUGACUAUUCUCCUCCGUCAAAUUUACAACAAACUGUUUUUAUAACAACACGUGUCAUCCGUAGACAUUCAUUGCCAGAAACUCAGUUGGCUAUCAGAAAAACAUUCAACUUCUCACUAUCGAAUAAACCGAGUAAUGUUGGUAUGUUAAAAAGUGACCCACAAACUAUUUUGCAGACAAAGUCACCAACUACAAUGUCAUUCACCUCAGCCAAUAAUAAUAACAAUAAUAACAGCAAUAAAGAUAAUGACACUAAUAAUGAUAGUGGUAGUAACAAUCUCCUACCAACUCUUAAUAGGUUGAAAAUACACUCACCUGCUCUUAAAACACUAAUAACAUCUGGUACACCGUCAGCGAAUAUCUUACAAAUGCUGUGUGAAGAAGUAAUUAAUAAUACGUCGAAAUGCCUACCUGUCUCCAAUACAGAUAUCCGUUCAGUGCAGAAGUCAUUACGUCUUAAGGAAAGUAAAUUAGAACAGAAAACAUUGGACUUUAAUAGUGAACAUUCCUUUUUACGAUUCGCUGCUCUUGCUCAUCGCCGAAGUAGUGCACCAAUUACAGAACACUGAACUAAUAUACUGAUAUAACUCCAGUGGACCAGCAUUGACUGCUAUAUAUAAGGGCGACAGAAGAAUUUGUGUGAAGUAAAAUGAUUGCCUCAGUUAAAAUGUUUCUCUAGUUUUCAAUAUGGCAUAUGCUUGUAAAAAUAGUUCUACUAUGUGAGAUCUCAGUGAAUAUUUAGUUCAUAUUUUGAUAAGUUAAUCGUAUAUGUGUGCUACUAUACUAACACUAUGACUAGUAAUCAGCACUUCUUAUCUACCUUUUUUAGCAUGAUGAUUGUUCACACUAUGCACAAUAAAUAAUUAAUAGGAAAUUUUUAUAAGUAAUAACAGUACGAGACUAUUUUGUCACAGAUAUAUAAAGACAACCCUAUAUGUUCACUUAGUUCCACUAUAAAACGAGAUUUGCUUUGACAAUGUAGUAGUGUUUUACACCCAUGCUACUCUUUUUAUCACUCAUUUAUUAUACAUAAACUUCUGUUUAUGAUCAUGAACGUAUGAAGGCCCCAGUUUCUUUUUUAAUCUGUAUUUUCAUUAAACAAUUUUGCUCAAUUUCACUUGUCUUUGUGACAAUCUACCAAAUCGUUAUGUAAAGCGGUUUAAUGGUUUACUUGUAAAGCAAAGGUCAGACAACGACUGUAACACUAGUUUUUAAAUAAUUGAAAAUAUACUUUCUCCUCAUAUAGCGACAACCACACAAAUGUAAUUUGCACGGAAUACGAAAACAGGGGAAUUUUAUUUUAUUUUAAAUAUGCACAUGCAUGUUGGGCGGUCACCUUUUAUUUUCUGCUUAUAAGCAAACAAAACAAUUGCUAUGCAACAACGACUGCAUAUAUAUAUAUUAUAAAACACAAGUAACAGGCAAUUACAACUGCAGCUAUUAAGAUAGAAGUAAACAGGUUAUUAUGUACACACAGUUACUGUGUUGUUCAUGCAAUUCUAACAUUUAUUUUUAUUAUUACUCCUAAUAUCUUUGAAGUCUACAGUUUUGGAUUUCAUAUUGUUCUGCUUUUACUUUUCUUAUUUUCUGUUGAUUCUUUGAGUUUUUAUGGAAUGCUGUAAUUCAGGUCUCGCACUUCUUUGUAGAGAAAAAAGCUAUUGCAAGAAUUCUACUGAAAAACAGGCAGUUGACUAAAUUUUACUUUGCUGUUUUACAAAAUAUACGUAUUACUAAUUCAAUUUGUACGUUUUACUGCCGAAAAUAGAAAUAAGUUCAG